CCGGAAGCGUGCUGUCUGCUGAAAUAAGGAAGAGAACGAGGCAACUGAGCAGUGGAGGGAGAGAACACCGUCUUUUUGCACAGCUUUUCUCCAAAUUCUUAGGAAUUUCAGUAUUCAUUUUCAAUAGACAACUGGAACCACCGUCCAUACAUUUAGCUUAAAAGGAAAAUCCUACUUGUAUUCACCUUGUUGGAACUGCCUUUCGAACCUAUAGCAUUUAUUUUAGCCGCUAGCUAGCUAACGACGCUGUCUGUCCAUCGACACAUCGAGGUGAAAACUUUGGUUUACAGUUUUUAGGCUAGUCUAAUUGAUUAAUUCGGUAUAGUUAUCAAUCGAACUACGUAAGAGUUAAGUUUUUAUGCACAUUACAUUUGUCUGCCGGUAAGAAUAAAUUUAGACUAUAAGCUGACUUCCUACAGUGUUGAGUAACGUUAGAUUUGAAAGAAACAAAGCUCUGUUCUAAUUUCCAGUUUGGACUCGUUGGCGGGGCGUUGGUUUGUCUGUUCGUGAAAACAUCGCAUCGGGAACGACGUUUGCCAGCUUGCAACUAAUCCAACUGGAACGACUAACGUUAGCAUCCUGCACGACCUAGUUAAUAGAAACGCGUUUUCAAUCGUUGCAAGUUAGCUAGCAAACAAAAUCAACGUCAGAAAAUGGCCAAUAGCAUCGAGGCAGUGAAGCGAAAAAUUAAAGUUUUGCAGCAACAGGCGGAUGAAGCCGAGGAAAGAGCUGAGACUUUGCAAAGACAGGUUGAAGAGGAGAAGCGGUCAAGGGAACAGGCUGAGGCUGAGGUGGCCUCUCUGAACAGGCGUAUCCAGCUGGUUGAGGAGGAGUUGGACAGGGCCCAGGAGAGACUGGCCACCGCUCUGCAGAAACUGGAGGAGGCAGAGAAAGCUGCAGAUGAGAGCGAGAGGGGUAUGAAGGUGAUUGAGAAUAGGGCUUCCAAGGAUGAGGAGAAGAUGGAGAUGCAGGAGAUCCAGCUGAAGGAGGCCAAGCACAUCGCUGAGGAGGCCGACCGCAAGUAUGAGGAGGUGGCUCGUAAGCUGGUGAUCAUUGAGGGUGAUCUGGAGCGUACAGAGGAGAGGGCAGAGCUGGCCGAGGGCAACGCCCGGAGGUUGGAGGAGCAGCUGAGGGGUUUCGACCAGUCACUGAAGAGCCUGCAGGCCUCUGAGGACAAGUACUCCCAAAAAGAGGACAAGUACGAGGAGGAGAUCAAGAUCCUGACCGACAAACUCAAAGAGGCUGAAACCCGUGCUGAGUUUGCUGAGAGAUCAGUGGCCAAACUGGAAAAGACCAUUGAUGGCCUUGAAGAUAAGCUCUAUGCACAGAAAUUGAAGUACAAAGCCAUUAGUGAGGAGUUGGACCAUGCCCUCAAUGACAUGACCUCCAUGUAAAUACUAAUUUAGAUGCCUGUUGUGGUGUGGGUUGAACUGGAGUGUGCUAUCGUGUGUUAAUAACAGUAUGAUUCAGUAACUGUAUGCAGACUGUCAAAAGAGGAUGGAUCAAGUUGAGUUGCUAGGGAACUAUUGUAGUGGAAUGUGCUCUGGUAGCCUUUGGCUGUUUGUGCUGGAAAAUGUAUUGAGGCAUAGCCUACCAUGUACACACACUUCCAUGCAUCUACACCCAUACACACAUUCCAUUUUAUUCUGACUAGGGAUCGGCACAUUGUAGAUACAAGCAUACGGUAGCUACAAGUAAAUCUGCAGUGGUAGAACGUUUCCUCAGACCUUGAGCUUUCCCCUUCACCCACUUCUGCAAUGUAACGGAUGUGAGCUGUCACCUUGGCAACGGCACAACACAAGGCACGAACACUGAUACUUUAUGUAGAUAUGGCUCACAUGCUGUCACAGGCCUACAAGUUAUCUUUUUAUGGAUAUCAGUGCCUUUGACUAGUCUAGCUCAGGGAUUCCAUUUGGAACUAUUGGGUUGCAGCUCGUGUGUAUGUUGGGCGAUUUCUUUCAGUCUAAUUCAAUUACAAGUUUGAGUAUCCCGGGGUUCUACUGUAAUACACUUAAAGGGCAAUUCCACCACUUUUUAACAUCAUUCAUCUCCACCACCAAACCGGUGUCUACAUAUGUGAAAACAGCGUGUUUCUAUGAACAUUUUGAAUAACUUAAAUGUGCUGCCUUCACAUGUUGACACUGUUAUUGUGCUGUAGAUUAUAACAACCAGGCUGAAAAGUGGUGGCAUUGCCCUUUAACUCCGGUCACGCUUGGUGUGUUUUGGAUUUGCAUGGAUUACAGGUUUGCUGUGAGUUUACACCCCAUGACGACAACCAUGGUGUGUCAGUAUUAUUUUGAAGUGUUAAAUUGCCAUUGCUCCGUCUCUAUUUCAGAUAAAUUGGACUCGUUAGAUUUCUGGAAAACCCGACACACCCUGAAUUCAGUCUGCCUGAACUGCCACAACGGUUGCGUGCUCUCCUUUUCCCCCCUUUCCUUUCUAGAUAGAAAUAACCAUACCCUCCUAGUCACCAGUGCCUGUCUCUCCCUUUAUCUCUCUCAUCUCCCUUUGUCAUUGGCCCAGUUGCGGCCAACACGCUGGCCGAGUUUCUGGGUUACUGCCUUUCCUAUUUUCCACCUGUCCUUUCCUAUCUGUACUACACUGCUCGCUCUGACACUCAUGUUCACUCUGUAUUUGUGACUGUCUCUGUACCUAAUGAAGAGGGGGAAAAGAAUGCCAUGGCAUUAGUCUCUGUUCACUGCUUUUUGGCUGUCCACACUGUCUGGGCUUCAUUGGUUUCACUCCACUAUGCUUUUUGGCAUGGUUUUGUAUCACCAGAGGUGGGUCAGUAUCUGAUGCAACCCCCCCCCCCUCCUGAAAAUAAGUGAGUAGGGGGAGGUAUUCUGAGCAAGAAUUUUAUCACAAGCAUUAAUGUGGGCACAGUAAGUACUUGAAAUCGUUAUGAAUGAUUGUUUGGCUAGAUUUCUUGAAUUUGGACUAAAGGCAUGACACCCUCUAACACACACAUUUUUGAAAUAUGUCCUGGUGAUCAAAGAAGAUUUAGUCUUGCAGACCAGGUUUGUGUAAUCCUAGAUUACAGGUGUGGAACAGACCCUUACCUUUCUCUCACAUGUUCACCCUUCUGAGUCACGUCUGCUAAAGUGACCCAAAAGAGGAAAGCUCAAAACAGAUUUGCAGGUGAAUUAUUAUUGAAACUGUGCAAAUAUUGUAUUUUUAAUGUGACCUGGCAUCAGGAACGUUACUAAAGCAGAAAAGCCUGUAAUAGUGACUAGCUCAGUCAGCGUUGGUAUUCCAAACCGUGUCAGUACACACAGCAUGGUCAUUGUACAGCUAAUGCUACAGUAAGUAGUUAGACAAGAUGCCUAAAAUGGACUAUUCAAUGACAUCAAAAUGACAUGCCUGUGGUUGCACAAAAUGAGUUGCAUGAGCCGUGACUUGUCAUAAUGCAAGAUAUUAACAUGGUAAUUGUUGACUUAAGUCUACAGAAUUCAUUACACACCCAUAACUAAAUACACAGCCUUUAUUACAACCUUAUGUUUGCUAUCUUGACACCAUAGCAUAAUUAUAGCCAAAAAAGUAAAUCUUCAGUGGUGCCAUUUUGUAUAAAGGUACUGGUGAGAUUUUUGAAAUAAAGACCAAUGAAUUAA